AUUUAAAAUCCAAAACGAGAGGAAGGAAAGAAACAUCCAUCGCAGCUUCCGUUAUCCUGAGCGAAAGCGCUAACGCAGUGGUAGAAGCUCACAAUUCUAAGAAGAGCAAAAAGAGGAAGGAGAGUAAGCCAUGGAGGGAGAAGCGAUUCGCGGAGCAGCAGCGCCGGCCGCGCGCGCGGCGCCGCGUCGGCCGAGCCGCCCUCUCGCUUCCCGCCGCCUCCUCGCGCCGACGCCGCCGCUCUUCUUCGCGUCCGGCCUCCGCCGCGCCUCCGCCUCCGCCUCCGACUUCUUCGGCAACCUCCGCAUCAGCUCGAACUCGCCGCCGCCGCCGCUGCUUCCGUCGUCUUCUUUGCUGCAGCGGAAGCCAAAGCUCUCCGUCGUCGCCAUGGCCGCCGAUGAAACGAAACGAGUAAUACCACUGAAGGACUACCGCAAUAUUGGAAUUAUGGCCCACAUUGAUGCUGGAAAAACAACUACCACGGAACGCAUUCUCUACUACACAGGAAGAAAUUACAAAAUCGGUGAAGUGCAUGAAGGGACUGCUACGAUGGACUGGAUGGAGCAGGAGCAAGAGAGAGGCAUAACCAUAACCUCUGCAGCAACCACGACUUUCUGGAACAAUCACAGAAUUAACAUUAUCGAUACACCUGGUCAUGUCGAUUUUACACUUGAAGUAGAGCGUGCUCUUAGGGUUUUGGACGGUGCAAUUUGCCUCUUCGAUAGUGUCGCUGGUGUCGAACCGCAAUCUGAAACUGUGUGGAGACAAGCUGACAAAUACGGAGUCCCAAGAAUUUGUUUUGUUAAUAAAAUGGAUCGUCUUGGAGCUAACUUCUUCAGGACUAGGGAUAUGAUAGUCGCAAAUUUGGGUGCUAAACCAUUAGUGGUUCAACUGCCUGUCGGUGCAGAGGACAGCUUCCAAGGAGUUGUUGACCUGCUGAAAAUGAAAGCUGUUAUAUGGACGGGAGAGGAAUUAGGUGCUAAAUUUGCAUAUGAAGAUAUCCCUGCUGAUCUCCAAGAAAUGGCUGAAGAGUACAGAACCCAGAUGAUAGAGACUAUCGUUGAAUUAGAUGAUAAAGCUAUGGAAAACUAUCUAGAAGGAAUUGAGCCGGAUGAGGAAACUAUGAAGAAACUAAUUAGAAAAGGCACGAUAUCUGGCAGUUUUGUGCCGGUUUUAUGUGGGUCGGCAUUCAAAAACAAAGGUGUUCAGCCAUUGCUUGAUGCUGUUGUGGAUUACUUGCCUUCACCAAUUGAAUUGCCACCAAUGAAGGGUUCUGAUCCUGAGAACCCUGAAACCACCAUUGAAAGGCUUGCUAGUGACGACGAACCGUUUGCUGGAUUGGCUUUCAAGAUCAUGAGUGACCCAUUUGUAGGAUCAUUAACAUUCGUGAGAGUGUACUCUGGGAAGUUAACUGCUGGUUCUUAUGUUCUAAAUGCAAACAAAGGGAAGAAGGAAAGAAUCGGGAGACUUUUGGAGAUGCACGCUAAUAGCAGGGAGGAUAUUAAAUUAGCUUUGACUGGUGAUAUUGUUGCUCUUGCUGGUUUGAAAGAUACAAUUACUGGCGAAACACUUUGUGAUCCGGAAAAGCCUAUAGUGCUAGAACGCAUGGACUUCCCUGAUCCAGUUAUUAAGGUUGCCAUAGAACCAAAGACCAAGGCUGAUGUUGAUAAAAUGGCCAUUGGACUAAUUAAGCUUGCACAAGAAGACCCAUCUUUUCACUUCUCUAGAGAUGAGGAGAUCAACCAAACUGUUAUCGAAGGAAUGGGGGAACUGCAUCUGGAAAUUAUCGUCGAUAGGUUGAAAAGGGAGUUCAAGGUUGAAGCUAAUGUUGGUGCACCCCAAGUAAACUACCGAGAGAGCAUUUCAAAGGUCGCAGAAGUGCAGUAUGUCCACAAGAAGCAGUCGGGCGGGCAAGGCCAGUUUGCUGACAUCACAGUGAGAUUCGAGCCUUUAGAGCCAGGAAGCGGUUAUGAAUUCAAGAGCGAGAUAAAGGGAGGUGCAGUUCCUAAAGAAUACAUUCCAGGAGUGAUGAAAGGACUCGAAGAGUGCAUGAGCAACGGUGUCCUUGCAGGCUAUCCAGUUGUCGAUGUUCGAGCUGCCUUAGUGGAUGGCUCUUAUCACGAUGUCGAUUCUAGUGUUCUGGCUUUCCAGCUGGCGGCCCGAGGUGCUUUUCGGGAGGGGAUGAGGAAGGCUGGGCCGAAGCUGCUUGAGCCGAUUAUGAAAGUUGAAGUGGUGACUCCUGAAGAGCACUUGGGUGAUGUUAUUGGUGACCUAAACUCAAGGAGAGGCCAGAUCAACAGUUUCAGUGAUAAGCCUGGCGGUCUUAAGGUGGUUGAUGCUUUGGUACCGCUUGCUGAAAUGUUCCAAUAUGUGAGUACUCUUCGCGGGAUGACGAAAGGCCGUGCAUCUUACACAAUGCAGCUCGCUAAAUUCGACGUAGUCCCACAGCAUAUCCAGAACCAGAUCUCCUCAGCAAAACAGGAACCAGUUACAGCUUGAGUCAUUCCUUAUCCUAGAACAUAGCUCAUGGGAUGUGAUCUGUUUAAAGAAUCUACUUUUCAUACUUGUGUUUGCAUCAGGGCUAGAAAUGUGUAUUUUCAUAUUUAUUUCCAAAAUAUAACAAGGUCAUUUUUGGAACAGCACAUUGGCUAAGUUCCUAUUGAUUUUGGUUAACUAUCACUCCUUUUCCUUCCUAAUAUAUCUAUAAACAGAUCUUACUGUACCAAAUCAACAAUUUGUCUACCAUUGCAUGACCAAUAGAUGAGUUUUGUAACAAUCUAA